CUGAACUCUCACGAGAGUUGUCGGCAGGCUGCUCCAAGAACAAAAUAAAUAAGCAGGCUCGGCUGGCCGGCUGCGGGCCGCUAUGGCGGCGUCACUAUUGGGUCGGGACAAGAGGAGUACGGCCGCCUCGCUGAAGGCCGAGUGUAGCCGGCAGGACAGUAGGGGUGUGCAGCUGCUUGGCGAGCUGCUGGAUAGCGUCCUGAGCCUGGAGAGAGCGGUGGACGAGGCCGAGGUGAUCGAGUGGUGCAAGUGCCUGAUGGCCGGCGGCGAGAGCUUCGAUGAUUUCUGUAAAAUGGUGCGCGGCUAUGACAACGCGACUCUGUGCGGCUUGGUGUGGACUGCCAACUUCGUGGCCUACCGCUGCAGGACGUGCGGGAUCUCGCCGUGUAUGUCCCUGUGCGCCGAGUGCUUCAACGCCGGAGAACACACGGGUCAUGAUUUCAACAUGUUUCGGAGUCAGGCGGGCGGGGCCUGUGAUUGCGGGGACAGCAGUGUGAUGCGGGAAAGUGGGUUUUGUAAAAGGCAUCGGUUUGCAACAAGUUCAAAUAUUCCUUCUGUUCCUAAUGAACUGAUGAUGAUGUCAGAACAUAUCCUCCCUCGUGUUAUCCUCCAUCUUAUUCAGCAUUUACGGGACGGCUAUAAUGAACCAGUUUCUGAUCUGGCAACUGAAAGAGAUCUCCAGAAGACCCUCCAACAGAUGGAACCCCUGAUUUCUCUUCUGGAAGAUCUGACUAAGAUGGGAGGAGCAAUGCGAUCCAUCUUGACCAGAGUUCUUACUAAUCAUCAGAUAUACAAAGAUCUUUGCUCUGGUGAUUUUUGUAAGUCUAGUUUAAUUGCUUUUACUAAAACGUUUGUUCAACAUUAUGCCUUCAUUAUGAAAACUCUGAUUAAGAGCCAUGAAUCAGACACUAUGUCCAAUAGGAUUGUUCAUAUUAGUGUUCAGUUAUUUAGCAAUGAAGAAUUGGCACGUCAGGUGACUGAAGAAUGUCAGCUGCUGGAAAUAAUGGUCACUGUGCUACUUUAUAUGAUGGAAAGUUGCCUUAUCAAAAGUGAGUUGCAAGAUGAGGAAAACAAUUUUCAUGUUGUUGUAAACUGUGGUGAGCCACUCUUGAAGAACAAUACAUAUUGGCCUUUGGUUAGUGAUUUUAUAAACAUCCUUUCACAUCAAAGUGUGGCAAAACGUUUCUUGGAAGAUCAGGGGCUUCUUCAGAUGUGGAUGAAUUUUGUUUCCUUCUUUCAAGGAAUGAAUUUAAACAAACGAGAGUUAAAUGAACACGUAGAAUUUGAGUCUCAAACGUACUAUGCUGCAUUUGCAGCAGAAUUAGAAGCCUGUGCACAACCAAUGUGGGGACUUUUAACACAUUGUAAAAUUAGGGAGACACAGGAAUAUACCAGAACUGUGGUCAGAUACUGUCUGGAUGCAUUGCAGGAUUGGUUUGAUGCUAUUAAUUUUGUUGAUGAGCCUGCUCCUAACCAGGUUACAUUUCACUUGCCCCUUCAUCGUUACUAUGCUAUGUUUCUGAGCAAGGCUAUCAGAUGUCAGCAAUUGGAUCUUGAUUCACUCCUGCCAGAUCAAGAGAUGCUAAUGAAAAUGAUGGUUCAUCCACUUCAAAUUCAGGCAAGUCUUUCGGAGAUACACAGCAACAUGUGGGUUAGAAAUGGUCUGCAAAUUAAAGGACAGGCUAUGACCUAUGUUCAGUCCCACUUUUGCAACUCUAUGAUUGAUCCAGAUAUCUUCCUUCUCCAGAUUUGUGCUUCUAGACUGGAUCCAGAUUAUUUUGUUUCAUCUGUUUUUGAAAGAUUUAAAGUGGUGGAUUUACUGACAAUGGCAUCACAGCAUCAAAAUUCAGCACUUGACACAGAACAUGAAAGGUCUAUGCUUGAAGGAGCUUUAACUUUCCUGGUUAUUUUACUGAGUCUUCGCAUUCAUUUAGGCAUGACAGACGAUGAGAUCCUGAGGGCAGAAAUGGUAGCGCAGCUCUGCAUGAGUGACAGAACACACAGCACAUUGUUAGACUUGAUCCCUGAAAAUCCCAAUCCAAAGAGUGGGAUUAUUCCAGGUAGCUACUAUUUUGAAACUAUGCUUUCUGCUGUAGCUGAUUUUAAAGCACCAGUCUUUGAACCAGGAGGUUCAAUGCAGCAGGGAAUGUACACACCUAAAGCUGAUGUCUGGAAUCAAGAAUUUGACCCUAUUAUGGUGAUUUUAAGAACUGUAUAUCGCAGAGAUGUGCAGUCUGCAAUGGAUAGAUACAUGGGAUUCCUAAAACAGACUGGAAAAUUCUCUGGUACCCCAUGGCCACCUUAUCGGGAGAGAGCUCCUUUAAGUCCCAGCUACAAAGGCCUACUGCGCAUUUUGCACUGUAAAACUUUGCACAUUGUGCUGUUUACUCUUCUUUACAAGAUAUCGAUGGAUCACCAGAAUAUGUCUGAACAUGUUCUAUGUAUGGUGUUAUACUUGAUUGAACUCGGUCUAGACAACUUAACAGAAGAAACAGCUGAGGAGGAGGAAAUGUUUGGUGAGGAGCGAUGUUCUGAUAGUUGGUUUCAUGGAACUAACAUAGCAACAAAUCUGCAUCAUGUCAUUAACUAUGUGCGAGUCAGACUUCCGGAGACAGCACCUGAAGUGACCAGGGAACCACCUGCUAGCACGAGCUCAGAUACCUCUUCUUUUGUACAGGGGUCAAGAAGGGCUACUGCUCUCAACAGAGAGAAUCCAAAUACAGCUCAGGUCUUCAGUUUGGUUGCAGAGCGCAGAAGAAAGUUUCAGGAGAUUAUAAAUCGCAACAGUGGCAGUGCAAUUCAGACUGCGGCUGUGAGACCAAAGACAUCAAAGUGGACUGCUCUGAAUUCAACUCCGCAACUUACCACAACCAUUUUGGAAGUCAGAGAAAGUAUGCUUUCUUUACUUAUCAAGCUUCAUCAUAAACUCUCAGGAAAACAAAACUCUUAUUAUCCAUUUUGGUUAGAAGAUUCAGAAUCUACAACCAGCUUGGACCCAAUGCAACAAAUCCAUGGUGAUGGGAUAACAGCAAUAGAAAGAAUUCUAAUAAAAACUGCGGCACGGAGUCGCCAGAACAAGUGUAGUAUUGAGGAGAUCUGUAGGAAGGUGUCACCACCUGUACCUCCUAAGAAGAGUAAUUCAGCAGAUAAGAAAGCUUUGGAUAAAGAAGAAAGACGUCAGAAAGCCAGAGAGAGACAACAGAAGUUGCUUGCUGAAUUUGCUUCAAGACAAAAAAGUUUCAUGGAAACAGCGAUGGAUCUUGAAUCACCUGACAGUGAUGUUGCCAUGGAUGUAGGAUCAUCUGAACAGCCAGAUUCAGAAACUGUAUAUGACUGUGUAAUUUGUGGACAAAGUGGCCCAUCAACAGAGGAAAGACCAACAGGAUUAGUGGUUCUCUUGCAGGCUUCAUCAGUCCUUGGGCACCGUCGUAGAAGCACUGAACCCAAGAAAUUGCCAACCAGUGAUGAAGAGCAAAUUUACCCUGAGGAUACCUGUGGAACUGCACACGAUGUUAGGAUCACAGAUUUACAGCAGUACUUCAAAGAUAGUUCUUGCCUGCAGUCAGUCUCCAUCGGUUGGGAGGGUGGUGUGUAUGUUCAAACAUGUGGACACACUUUACAUAUUGACUGUCAUAAAUCUUACAUGGAAUCAUUGCGGAAUGACCAGGUGCUGCAGAGUUUCUCAGUGGAUAAAGGAGAGUUUACAUGCCCCCUCUGUCGACAGUUUGCCAACAGUGUUCUUCCUUGUCAUCCUGAAAAGAUUGAGGAAAGGAGUAUUUGGUCACCUUACAAUAGCAAGAACCUGCUAACUCUCAUCAAGGAAGUGGAAGAACAACAGGAACAGUUGGGAAUGUUCCCAGUAAGCAUUAGCUCAAUAACGAACUUGAGCAAGGAGAUGGAAUCAGUGAUGAAGGACAUCAGGAGUGCAACCCAAAAGAAAUAUAUAGAUUAUGGGAAGACUCCUGGCUCACCAGACAAUGACUUUCUCUUCAUGUACUCCGUAGCUAGACUGAAUUUGGAGCUUGAAUUGGUUCAUCGAGGAGGAAACUUGUGUUUAGGAGGAGCAAGUGCUACUACAAAAAGAUCCUGUUUAAACCAGUUGUUGCAUGUGUUAGCCAUGCACAUGCGCCUUUUUAGAAUUGAUUCUGCUUAUAAUCCCUGGACACGACUUACACGACUAACACAGGUUAUGGAUUAUGGAAUAUGUGAUGAUGAGAAACCAGAGGUACCAUUAUUGUACCGGGAUGUUUCAUCUCUCUUGCUCAUUCUUGUUUUAACUAUGCCACAAGAAUUACACAAGGAACAUUUUACCUGUAUUGUGAAAGUGUUGUAUAAUUUAUUAUACACACAAGCAGUUGCAACACUUUCAGUUCGAUUCAGCGAAGAGGAAAGAGCAGCUUGGAAGAAUUCUGGAAAGCUCAAGAUUUCCAGCAUGAACUGUAUUUUGCUCUUCUAUAGUAAUCUAGAGCCUUGGAUCAAUAAUCUGGCAACAAUCCUAGAGCUACCAGAUUCUGGUGAAAACAACAAUUUCACUAAUGACCUUCAAGAAAGGAAACCCAUCCUUACCCAGCCUGGGAUACAUGAGACUUCAUGGCUCUUGCAUGUCCUCGAAAAUAGUCUAUCCAGCUACUUGAUUGUAUCAAAAACUACUAAAACAGAUUGCACCACUAAUUUCUAUAACAACAGCAAAUUUAAAUUGUAUUAUAUUGCUCCUGAUAUUGUGUGUAAUUCAGAUAAAUCUUGGGAAGUAUUACUAAGCCACAUCAUCUGUGAACUGUCAAAAGGAAAGCUUUACUGUACCAGUAACACAGAUCAAGUAUCAAUGCUUGGUACCAAUGCCUGGUCUCCUCAGUCUAUUGAAUACAGUAUCCAGCAGUUCUGUCUGCCUUUCCUCAGGACUACAAGCCUUCUUCAACACCACCUAUUUGGUGAUGAUCUUCCCAGUUGUCAGCGAACAGAAGAAUUUGGGAUGCUUGCCAGUUAUCUUGGGUUACUGCUGCCCUGUCUUCAGUCAAGUGAUGAGGUCAGUAGUGCCACCUGCCUCGACUGGCCGAUAGCAGCUCUAGAUCUUAUAUCUCAGUGGUGUUUGGAAGUAACGACUUCUGCAGAAAGUCACUCAGAACAUGUUAUGAAUCUACUUGUUCAGGAUCCACAGUGGUCUUUACCAUGCCUUCUUCAGCUACCAGAAAAUUACAAUACCAUAUUUCAGUACUAUCAUCGUAAAGCCUGUGUUCACUGUUCAAAGGUGCCUAAGGAUCCAGCUCUUUGUCUAGUAUGUGGUACAUUUGUGUGCCUCAAAGGUCAAUGCUGUAAACAACAAAGCUAUUGUGAAUGUGUCCUGCAUUCCCAGAACUGUGGAGCAGGAACAGGAAUAUUCCUUCUGAUUAAUGCCUCCGUAAUCAUCAUAAUUCGUGGGCACCGUUUUUGCUUGUGGGGAUCUGUCUACCUUGAUUCUCAUGGUGAAGAGGACAGAGAUCUAAGACGUGGUAAACCACUGUACUUGUGCAGUGAACGCUAUAAAGUUUUGGAGCAACAGUGGGUGACACAUACCUUUGAUCACAUCAAUAAGAGAUGGGGGCCACAUUACAAUGGAUUAUAACUGACUUACAGAUCUUUCCUGAAACAUGGUCAUCAAGAAGCUUUAGUUCAUACAAAUGUUGUGAAAUUUAUUUUUAAAAAUAGCCAUUUUGUUACAAAACAAACCACAAGAUCAUUAUUCUGCAAAGGUGCUAUUAAUAUCCGUUUUAUGGCACUCUGUGAAAAAUCCCAGCAAAGCUAAAAGCCUGUCUCUAGAAAUGGGCUAAACUAUCUUCUAUAGACUAAAGGAUGUUUUAUUUAUUAGUCAUAAUGAAGAAAUUGUAGCAAAGUAUGUGUACAAAAAGCACAAUUUGAAUUUGUGUGCUCCUCACUAAAAUAGAUGUAAUGUUUAUAGAAUAUGGCCAAGAUUGAUAUAAUGUGUUAUUUUUGAAGGGUUGGUUGCUAAUUUUGUUUCCUUGGAAAAAGUGCACAUUUAUAGGAGGGUGAAAUCUGGUCCUAUACACUUGAUGGCAGUACACUAUUUAGAAAUUAAUUAUUUGAAGCCUGCUUCAUUUGUUGUGACAUUUUUUCUGAUUAGUCUGUGCUGAGUUUUUUUCUUUGCUUUAAGAGGUUUUGAUUUAUAUCUGGCCAUAAUAAUUUUCAUUAAGUUUACUGUAACGUGCCCAGUUUAUUUAAAAGGAUUUUACAAAAAGAGGCUUCAAUCUGUAGAAACUUCCUAAUUAAAACAAAAAUAGGCUGUAAAACAUUCAGUCUCAGGAAAUUUUGUUUCUUAUUUUGUUAAAGGUAACUGAGCAACAGAAAUAUUCGGACUGACUGCUGCUAGUAACAGAACAAAUAUCUUUUUAAUAAAUUGCUUAUUUGGGAGCCUAGCUUUAUGCUUUGCAAUUUAUAAGCACCUUAUGGAGAUAGUGUGUUUACCAAGUUUGGUCACCAUAUAAAAAGAAGAAUUUUCUCAUUACAAAUGUGCAACCUUGACCAACUUUAAUCCAAUCAGCAUUCAAAUUGGAUACUGUGGUAUGUUAUGCAAUGAUUAGAAUGAAAAUACACAGGCCCUCCCUAUGGCAAAUUUCUGUUUCAGACAACCACUGUCAGCACUAGGUUUAUUUGUAUUACAAUUAUGCAGUGUAAUUACCACCUUUUUUUAUCUGAUUUACUAAACAGCAGACAUUCAGAUGAUGUGGGAAAUGAACAGUCCUAAUGUAUUCUCGUAACCAAAGUGCAAAUGGGAUUCAAAAUUUAACUGCAAGAAUUUGUGGGCACUUCUCAUAUUUUCUUUUCAUUAUAGAAAUAUCUUCAAUUUUGAAGAUGUGCAAUUUUGUUUCUUGUCUAUUUUUCCCUUUUUUAAUUCAGCAAUCUUUAGCAAAUAAUAUACAGCUUCUGAUUAAAAUAUAGCAAGACUGGACAAAUCCAAAUUCCAGUAGACAAACUGCAUAAAAUGAGUUUGAUUUUGGUUUUGGUGUUCUGAGGGAAAAAGCAUUUCAGUCAUAUUUAUACCGAAUGUAAAAGUACACAUACCUAUCAACAAACAUUUCUGUAUACUAAAUCACAAAAAGGUGAAAAUUCUGAAUACAAAUCAUGAAAACUUAAAGAAUUUUAUAAAAUCACAUCUUAAAGGGAGUAAUUAAUUAUAUGCUGCAAUUCAAAAGUACAGAAAAGCGACCCGUUAAUAGAUAGGUCCUGUCAGAGUUAUCAUGGACUAGAUUGUGAGAUUGUUUGGAAUGAUUCGUAUUUGUAAACAUUGGGAGCUAUUGAAAUUUGAUGUAUAAUGGGUAAUCAGGUAUUUUGUUUAUUUAGAUACAAUUUCUCUUUAAUUAGUAUUUAAAAAUUCUACAAAAAUUGUGAUUUAGUGAUUAUACCGAUAUCUGACGUGCAAAAAUAACUGACAGACUUAAUAAUAUCUAAUGACAAAUACGUCAAGGAUUCUUUUAAGAAUUUGAAAGGCCCUGAGUGCAGAGCAGAAUGGUAGUUAAACUUUUAUAUCUAAUUGCCAGCAUUAAAUAAUUCAACAAUUUAGCCAACAGUAUAUGUUUAAAAACCAGACAGCAAUGAGUACAGUAAUUGUACCUACUAUGCUGUCAGUAUGGUAUUUAAUUAUGAAUCAUCUUCCAAUAAGUAUACAUGGAGUAUUCUUUAUUGCUCUAACUCUGAAGGAUGGUCAUUGGCUUUCAUUCACUUUUUGUUCCCAUACUAGUGCAGUUUGAUUGCUAGAUAUGCAGAUGAUUUAAAAGUGUACUUGAAUUCAUAUAUGCUGCUGGAUUUUUAUUUUAGUUUUCCUAUGUUUUCCAAGACCCACUAACCAAAUUAAUAUCAUCAAAUAAGUGGUGUGUAAUUUGAGAUAAAAAUUGAGUGUUCACCAGUGUGUUACCCUGUAUGAAUGAAUGUUAAAUACAGUACAUUACUGUAAAAGCUGAACAUUUUCUGGCAUAUUGAAAACUUGGGAUUAAUCAAAAUAUGACUGUAAAAUAUGUUAAUAAAGUAUGUAAAUCA